UAACUCGCAAUUCUUCUUGAAAUAUUGUCUAAAACUGCUUUGGAUAUGUUUCUACGGGUAUUCUUUUAUAUAUUCCUUUUUUUUUGCGGAAAAAAUGGUGCAUUGGAAGAGGAAAAACCUUUUUUUUAUGAACAUUUAUUUAUAAAGCCUAUUUCUCCUAAAAACUUGCUGGCAUCAUUCAGAUUUAACACGUCAUCGGAUUUUGAAUGCUUUAAUAAAGUGCCAUACUCUUUUUCAGGGGAUUUGGAGGGUUUUUUUCCGGGUUUUUCUCGGCUUCCCCGUUCAUUAAGAUAUAUUAUGGAAGAAACACAUACGUAUGAGGUUCAUUUACGUAUGACUCGCGGUAAAUGGUCGUACAAGAGGUGGGGAAUGCAGCCUGAUCGCGGGGAGUCAGCAGGAGGUACGGGUAUUGAGCUUUGGGCAUAUAUAGAAGGAGAUACAGAAGAAAAAGUUUGGAAACGAUGGAAUCAAUUAACGAAUGGAUUUUCUGGUAUAUUUUCAUCAUCAAUUGGUUUUAUGGAUAGUACAAGGACGAUAAUACCUGUUUUAAGUUUUGGGAAGGAGAAAAGAAAUGCAGAAAGAUAUGAAUUGGGAGGGAGAGGUUAUUUAUUAUAUGGAGCAUUACCUCAAGAAACUAUAUGUACAGAAAAUUUGACGCCUUUUUUGAAAUUAUUGCCUUGUAAGGGCCGUGCUGGUAUUUCAACAUUAUUAGAUAGUCAUAGAGUUUUUGAUGCAGAAUGGUAUUCAAUUUUUUUGGAUGUUAUACAUUUUUGCGACAAAGAUAAGAAAGGGAUGUCAAGUCUUGUUCAAGGAGUUGAUAUGGUAUUGAAUAUUGAACGUGCAAGUCGUAGAGAUGAAUUUUCUAUUCCAAAGUCAAAACCUCUUAGUGAGAUUUCAUGUGAUAAGACGAGGAAUCAUAUAAAAGAAGAUUUAUGUUUUCCUUUAGAUAAUUCAUCUAAUAUAGAAUGGUCAUUGUCAAAAUUGUUUGGAAGACCAAUACAAAGGUCAUGUUCUUUAGAUUUUGCACUUUCAGAAGUUGUUACUGUUGCUCAUCCUUAUGAAAGGGUAAUUUCUCCUACACCUAGUACUAUUUUAGUUGAAGAAAAUGUCAUUUUUUCAAAAUAUAUGAUAUCUGAGCCAUUCCUUGAUAUAACAAUGGCAUCACAGACAUCUGAUGUUCAAUUCAAUGCAACAAGUGCUCCACUUUUUGUAGAGCGUUUUCUAACACGAAAAAACCAGAUCAAUGUCAUUAUUUCAAAUCCUCAUUCAAAGGAAUUUCAGAUCAUAUAUUUAGAAGUCUUUCCUUGGUUUAUGAAACCAUUUAUUCAUACUUUAAAUGGACGUAUUUUGUCAUCUAAUGUAAGAUAUCCUCUAAAUUUUGAGGAUAUCUAUUUCAGACCAUCAAUUGAUAGGAAGCGUGGAUCAUAUUUUGAAUUGCGUAUGCAUAUUCCUAGCAAUUCAACUAUUGAAAUAGUAUGGGAGUUCGAAAAAAUGCUUUUGAGAUAUGCAGAAUAUCCACCUGAUCCAAAUAGAGGAGUCAGUAUUGCGCCUUCUAUUCUUACAGUUUUUAAUGCAGGUGAUGAUAUUAAUAAAAUCGAUCCAAUUGCUGUAAUUCGAACAACUAGUCUUUUAUUAACGCUUCUUACACCAGAUUUUAGCAUGCCUUAUAAUGUAAUUGUUUUAACUAGUAGUAUAAUUGCGAUGUUGUUUGGUAGCAUGUUCAAUUUGUUGACUCGAAGAUUUGUUUCCCUUGAAGAAGCUAAGAAAAUGAAAAUAAUGAGAUUGAAUGUCUUUGUAUUUAACCUUAAAGCUAUGCUUAAAAAGAUGUUUUCAUAAAGUAAAGAAUCAUUAUGGCUAAUUUUACGAUAAUUGUUAUGAAUCA